UCACAACUGGGGUAUAAUAUGCGGUAGUCAGCGCUGUCAGGCACUCUUCAGACACGGUGGUUCACAGACGCUUCAUCAGCAUGAGCACAAUUUACUUCAUCGGCCAAAUCAUUGGCAUAGUCUCCAUCUCUGCCAUCCUCCUCUUCUUUGUGGGCCAACUCUUUUCACGCCACCGCAAUGUGCAGGACGGUUACGGCUACGCUGUGCUGAUAACAGGCUGCGAUAGCGGCUUCGGACACCAGCUGGCUCGAUGUUUGGACCACAAAGGGUUUGUGGUCUUCGCUGGCUGUUUGUUUCCAGAAGGAGCCGGUGCCCAGAGUCUAGUCAGACAGAGCUCCAGUAAUCUGAAAAUCCUUAAGCUGGACGUCACCAGUGAUGAAGACAUGCAGCAGGCGAAGAAGAUGGUCCAGGAGAACCUGCCAGAGAAAGGGUUGUGGGCAGUUGUGAACAACGCUGGCAUCUCAGACUGGGCCGAGAUCGAAUGGAGCUCUAUUGAAGAUUACCGCCACAUGGUCGACAUCAACCUGUUUGGCUCCAUCAGGACCUCGUUUGCAUUUCUACCUUUGGUCCGUGCCGCUAAAGGUCGGAUGGUGUACAUGUCGAGCAUCUUUUCCUUCUUUAACUGCCUGAACAUGGGAGCUUACAGUGUGUCAAAGAGAGGACUGGAAGCGUUUGCAGAUUGCCUCCGGGUUGAGAUGGCCAGUUUUGAUGUGAAGGUCAGCAUCAUCCAGCCGGGUAAUUUCGGCCAAGCCACCAGCAUCGUGAAGACGAAAACAGGUUUGGAUAUUUGGGAGAAAUUAGACGACGAACGUAAGCAAGUCUUCAACCGACAGUACAUCGAUCUGGCCAACGAGUACUUCAUGUCAACAUGCAGGACGGGGUUCAAGAACGGUGACAUGGUAGUCGACGCCAUGCUGCACGCCGUGACGUCUGCUCAGCCUAAACGUAGAUACCUGCUGGCCUCAGCGACAGAUAUGUUUUUCUUCAAGCUAUUCCCUUUUCUCCCGACUGUCCUCACCGACGCUGUGUUUUCUCUCAGCUCCAUGUACGCUAAAAGAAAAGAAAUGCUUUAUGCUAAAUAGGAAAGACAGCUUUUGUUGUUUUGUUGUUUGGCUAUGUAAAUAAAGCACAGAGAAGCUCGUAUUACAACAUACUGCUUAGUUAGACAUUACUUCAUUAUAUCUUUAUAUCGCAAAUAAUUGUUUGCUGCUAUUUUAAUGCUCUGGAUAUCAACUUUUUGCACAUUUAAGGAGUGAGGUAGUGGAAGAAUCUGCGUGUCUCUUAAUGUUUUCUGUCUGUUCUAUGAGUCUUGUUCAUUCUACAUUGUCUCUGUUGAAAUAAAAGCUUGACUCGUAUCAUGAA